AAAUCAAACUCAAUAUUUAGUUUUAAACUCUCUGAUUCUUUCUUUUCUUCUUUCAUUUUUAGUUUCUGUGAAGAUGGGGAAUUGUUCGCAAAGAGCAGUAUCCGAUGGUGGUGCUUCGGUUACCGUAAUUGCGACAGAUUCAAGAAACAUCAUGGAAGAAUAUUAUAGGAGCAGGAGAUGCAGCUCGUUGCCAAUAACAAGGGAGAAAACACUAGGGUAUCUUGUUAGACAAGGUACAACAAGCCCUAGAGGAGUACUUGGGCCAAAGAUACAAGUGUCGCCGCAAAGAAGAAAUGGUGUUUGGAAAGCGAAAGUGGUGAUCGGAAGUAAGCAGCUUGAAGAGAUUUUGGCGGUUGAAGGCAAUACACAUGCUUUGAUUGAUCAGCUCAGGUUUGCUGCAGCAGAAGCUUUAGUUUCUUCAACCUCUGCCUCGGACAUGGUCAGAGUUAAAAGCUUAUCGUCCAAGUCCCGGAAAAACAAUGAGAACUACUUCUGUUAGGUUCGAUGAUUGCGGGUAUUUUGCAGGGUUUCUCAUUUGUAUUCCUAGCAAAAGGUGUAUAUUGUACAUAAUGUAAAUUCAUUUGAGAAAUGACAAAAAAUAUAAAUACAUUUGGUUCUG